AUGUACAGCCACAGUGGGAAGCAGAUCCCCAGACUUUUGGUCAAACUCGUGUGCCAAGAUGCUACCCCAACUCAGGGUAGCUCUCCCCCUCCUCAGUCAGCGCAUUCAGACACAGUCAAGAAGUAUACCCUUCGAGACCUCCGCUCGGCCUCACACAGAACCCCACUUAACUCCUGCAAAGCUGGGGCCCGGGGCAGAAGGAAGCAGCUGUGCUCUAACGCUUCGGCCUUGCUGGUGGCGGGUGCUGGCUCGGGCACACAGAGCCCCGCCCCGCUCCCACGCCCUGUCGUCGCUGCCCAGGCAGGCCAGCCGAUCCCCAGCCUAACGCCGACCGAGACAAAGGGAGCGGCGUGCGGCCCCUCCCGGGGUUACUCUCGGUCAGCACCGCCCCCGGGGUUACUCGCGUUCACUCGGCCCACAGCGCCUGACUCCGCGCAGCCAAUCAGCAGCCGCGCUGCGGCUCGGCCGGCACCCGCUCCCAUCCCGGGGCGCCGCCCCUGCAGUUUGCACCGCGAAGUGGCCACCCAUGCUGGAGGAGAGGCCCAGUGGCUAGUGGAAGAAGACAAGGAGGGAAAAAGGCAAGGAGGAAAAGAGGUGGGUAGAAAGAGGACAGAAGAUGGAGCUGAGCCCGUGACGGAGGUUAAGAUCUCCAGCUCUUACAUGACCACCACAACUACCACUACCAUCACAAAGCCUCUUUCUGGGGUGCUAGAGAAUGAGGGGGAGAAAUUAGAAAAGAUUUUCCAACAAUGGGGAGAAGACAUCCGCCCUGAAAUGAAGGAAGACAUACAUGACCCCAGCUACCAGGAUGAGGAGGGGCCCCCACCCAAGCUGGAGUACGUCUGGAGAAACAUCAUCCUCAUGGCCCUGCUGCACUUGGGGGCCCUGUAUGGGAUCACACUGGCUCCCUCCUGCAAGGUCUACACCUGGCUCUUCGUGUAUGUGUCAUAUGUAGUUACUGGCCUGAGCAUCACAGCAGGGGCUCAUCGCCUGUGGAGCCACCGAACCUAUAAAGCACGGCUGCCGCUGAGACUCUUCCUCAUCAUAGCCAACACCAUGGCUUUCCAGAAUGAUGUGUAUGAAUGGGCCCGAGAUCACCGCGCCCACCACAAGUUCACAGAAACACACGCUGACCCUCACGAUUCUCGACGUGGCUUUUUCUUCUCUCACGUGGGCUGGCUGCUCGUGCGCAAACACCCGGCUGUCAAAGAGAAGGGUGGAAAACUGGACAUGUCUGACCUCAAAGCUGAGAAGCUGAUCAUGUUCCAGAGGAGGUACUACAAGCCCGGCAUCCUGCUGAUGUGCUUCAUCCUGCCCACACUGGUGCCCUGGUAUUUCUGGGGAGAGACUUUUCAACACAGCUUUUAUGUUGCCGCUUUACUGAGAUAUGCCUUGGUGCUCAAUGCCACCUGGCUGGUGAACAGUGCCGCCCACCUCUAUGGCUUUCGCCCUUAUGACAAGAACAUUGCAGCCAGAGAGAAUAUGCUAACUUCAGUGGGAACUCUGGGCGAGGGCUUCCACAACUACCACCACGCCUUCCCCUACGACUACUCUGCCAGUGAGUACCGCUGGCACAUCAACUUCACCACAUUCUUCAUCGACUGCAUGGCUGCCCUGGGCCUGGCUUAUGACCGGAAGAGAGUGUCCAGGGCCGCUGUCUUGGCCAGGAUCAAAAGAACUGGAGAUGGGAGCUGCAAGAGUGGCUGA